AUGAAUAAUCUGUUGUUUAUGUCCUUCAGAAAAUAUUGCAAUAGUUCUCACAAAAAUUCAUCGCAACAUCCAUUAUUUGUUGGCGACACUGAUAGAUUCAAUGGUAUCACCAUAAAUACAGCUGAAGAAAAAUGCGAUUUAAAAUAUUUUACAAAAAAACUCCAAGGAGUUGGGGCCUUGGUAUUCAAUGGUAAGAAUGAACUCCUAGCCAUAUCAGAAAAACAUUAUCAAUAUCCUCACUGGAAACUUCCAGGUGGCUAUGUAGAAAGUGGAGAAGACAUUAAGGAUGCUGCUCCUCGAGCACAGGCGCAGAGAGUGUGCGUUGGAGAAAAUAAAAAAGGGGCGAAGGGAAUCACUGAUUACGCGUGGCACUCAUGGAUAUACUCUGUAUAUACCUUGAGAGCUGUGGUCAGUGACUCCAAUUCUGAGCUCACACCUCCAAGUUAUGCCCCUCGG